CUAACAGAUUCCGGUUCGUGUCUUCCGCCCAUUGCAGCGGAAUGGAAAUUGUUUCGGAUCCGGAAUCUGUUAGACAGCGCUUAGUCGAUAGAUUCAUGUCCACCGGCAAUACAGAAUGUCUGCAUCUUUGGGCGUAUAAUACCCGACCAGUAGGAGCACACUGGUUGCUGCUUGCUAUCAACCCGAUAAGGGAAGUCGUGUAUUAUCUGAAUUCGGUAAAGGGUGAAUGGACCAAUUAUCCGGCCAUGAAGGAAAUCGUUGAUUUAUCAAUACAAGUAUUCCGUAGUCAACGGGACGCACAGGUAUCCCGGACUAAAUCAAACAACAUCACCUGGAUCGAAGUGCAGUGUCCGAUACAGCGUAACAGUUCAGACUGCGGAUACUUUGUAUUGAGGUUUAUGAAAGAAAUCAUUCAGGCGAAUCAAUUAGAGAUUCCUCCCACGUACCUUGACGAAUUCCGUGCUGCUGGGUACUCGAAGCUAAAGUUAGAAGAAAUCAAAGAGGAAUUGUGUCAAUUUUAUAUUAAGCAAUUUUUCAUGCAGAUUUGAACUAUAAUAUUGUUGAUUUUGUAAUGAUGUAUAUAUAUAAUUUUGUAAUGAUGUAUAUAUAUAAUUUUGGAUAUU